CAGAUUCGAUUACCGAGCAUUCUGCAGGGCAAAUAUCAUGUUGGAUUGGACAAAUAUCAGGUUGGAUUGGACAUGUAUCAGGUUCGAUUACCGAGCAUUCUGCAGGACAAAUAUCAGGUUGGAUUAGGCAUGUAUCAGGUUCGAUUACCGAGCAUUCUGCAGGACAAAUAUCGGGUUGGAUUGGACAUGUAGCAGGUUCGAUUACCGAGCAUUGUGCAGGGGAUGUAUCGGGUUGGAUUGAGCAAGUAACAGGUAAAACUACAGGCGCUUGUCUUGAGUAUAUUUCUUCAAAAGGAAAUGAAAGAACCAAAGAAUAA